UUCAACGACAACGAGAUCGCCAAGCUCAAAUCGGUUUUUGAUAUUAUGGCCGAAGGGCAAAGCUCACUCGCUGUCGCCACAUUACGGGGGAUUUUCAACAAGGCUCAGGUUGGCGCUUCUGAGCAACAAUUGAACGAACAACAACGAGCACAAUGUCCCGAGGAAGGCUUGAGAAAAGUCUUUGAGCUGCUGGAUAAGGACAAGAAGGGCGUAAUUAAUGCAGAGGAUUUGAGACAGGGACUCUUGGACUUUGGUGAGACUGUGACAGAAGACGAGUUACAGCGCAUGAUGCGAUCGGCCGAUGUGGACGGUGAUGGGAUGAUUAACUUUGAGGAGUUCGUCAAGAUUAUGACACCGUCUAGGGUGAAUGGUCAAAAGUAA